GCGGCAACCCCAUCUUUCCCAACUCAACUCUUCAAUCUCACCCCUUUCUUCUUCUUCUUUUUUUUUUUUUUUUUUUUCCUUUCAUUUUCAUUCGGGGUUGCUCAUCUCUUUCUUUCAAUCGCUCUCUCCGCUCUUUAUUCAAAUUGUUUUUAAAUUCUUGAUAAUAAAUUAAUCUCUGCAACGCAUCUUUACAUACAUACAUAACAUAAUUUGUACUUAAGAGGAACAAAAGAAAAGCCAAAAGAAAAAUAAAAAUAAAAAAAUAUGUCGAAGAAGAAGGCAUUCACUGGCAACACUAUGACUCUCAAAGACUUUCAUGGAGGCUCUAUUCCCUCUGAUCUUCCGCUCCCUUCGGCUCCUGGUGUUAUUGUUAGGCCUAUGGAUCGUUCUGGUUAUGAUCGACCCACAUCAUGGGCUAACCCUAUGGCCAGGCCUGAUCAUCGCCCCCGCCCCAAUUCUUCUCCGGCAACUAGGCAUUUUGAUGAUAAAACCCCCUUUCUUGCUAAUGCCGUGCACAUUGGUCGAAAUUUCGAUGAGGAUGAGAGAAAACCCUUAGAUGGGGUUUCGGCUCCACGUAGAACUGUUAGUGAUGAGAGUUUUUGCGUUCCACCUAGUCGUGUGGAGCUUAAGCCAGAGUCUGUGUCUACUGGAAAGGCGUCAGGUUGGACCGGACUGGGAUUGGAGUCACAGGUUUCGAAUGGCGCAGUGAAUUCUUAUGCCGGUCGAGUAGUUGAGCACACUUAUGUUGGUGUGAAUUCACCAAAUUCAAGAGGCAAUAGUAGGCAGGUGGUUUCUGGGUCGUAUCCAAAUGCUUGGACUGCAAGGAAGGAGGUGGCAGUGGGUGUUACGGAGCCUGUGCAAUCUGGAUGGUCUGGGCAAAGUGCAGUUUCAAAGUUGGCUCAUGCAAGUGCGCUUGAAAAGGUUUCUUCAGGUAGAUGGCAAUCUAAGCAGUCGGUUCAGUAUCAAGCAGAUGUUCAGGUUAUUAAAUUUUCAGAAGCAGAUAAUGGAUUACAUCCAAAGGGUCAUGAUGAUAAUGCCUACAACAGGAUGCAUGUUGUGGGUGGGAGGGAAUUGUCAGAUGCAACAUUGGCCGGGCAUGUGGAAAGAGGUUUGAAUAUUGAAGAAUCUGUAGAGGGUGCUAGAAAGGAAGAAUGGGAUUAUGAGAGGAUUGCUGCUUCUACUUAUGUGGAAGUAAAAGAGAGGAAAUAUAAACAUUAUACUGACUGGGUUCAAUCUAAUCUUUCUGAUAGCAAAUUUGUUGGGUCUGAAUCACUUCCUGUGCUGCAUUCAGAAGCAUCGGAACGGCCUAAGCUGAAGUUACUUCCAAGAACAAGGCCAUUGGAGAAUUUGGAACCAUAUGUAACCAAUCCUAUGCAGGUGCAUCCUCGUUCGAGUGAAUCUGAUCAUGGUCAUGUUGAAACCGUUAACAGUUUGCAUGGCAACCUGAAUCCUACAAAACCUGAUUUCGCUGGCACUGAUGUUGGGAGCCAUGCAAUAGAGCGCCCAAAGUUAAGUUUAAAGCCACGGUCGCAACCUCCUGAGCAAUUAGAAGAGAACAUUGAAAGGGGAAGAAAUGCAUUGUUUGGUGGUGCUCGCCCUCGUGAACUGGUUUUGAAGGAGCGAGGUUUUGAUAAUGUUGCCAUCAACAAUCAUGAUUUGGGUCAACAUUCUGAUAGGGUCAAACAUAAUGUUGCCAAGUUUGAACGGGCUCCUGAGCAUGCUAAUCCUACUCGCCAAAGUGAAAAAGCUGAAAAUACUCUUCUUGAUCAGAGGAUGGGUAGGAAACUUGAGCGAAAGGAUCCUCAGAUAGAUGUUGACAGAGUUGAUAUGCAGAGGCGUAAUUGGCGAAAUGAGAAUCGAAGGAACAAAAGGGGGGUUGAAAGGGAGCAACAACAUGAGAGACAUUCUUCACCAGAAACGUGGCGCAAGCCAGUGGAGCAGCCCAGACCAUCGUCUACUGAUGCAGUUGGUGUGCGCUAUGGAAAAGUAGCGUCAGCUGUAGAGCUUGCUCAAGCAUUUUCGAGAUCGUUCUCAGAUCCAAAAUUAGAUGAUCGAUAUUCUGGGCAAAGGGGCCUUACUGGCCGGACUCAAAUGCCUUUUUCUCGACUGAUGGGUCCAACCCAAAGGGCUCAAAUUAAUGGCUACUAAUUCUAAGUGGUUUGAUGGUUAAUUGGGCAACCACUUGGUGAUAGGAAGAUAGGUUUCGAGUGGCCAUAUUCUCUGAGCAUGAAUAGAUGUCUGCUAAGUUGAAGCUGUGAUUAUGUCUUGCUGCACUUCAACAGAUGAGUUCAACAGACGAGAGUGUUUACACCAAAAUUUUCCUAGUUUCUUGGAAGAUAAGUUCCAAUGAGAUCAUUUCUAUCGUCUAAGGAGAACAAUGUCAUCUCUUUAGAGCCCCAUUUUCUCUUUUAUUUUUCCAUUUUAAUUAUUAAUAACUUUUCAAGUUUCUAAUCUUUACAAGGAGAAAGUGUGCCUGAAAUUGAAAAUCAAGACCAGUGUAGCAUACUGUUAUGCUUUCUUGAUACAAUGGAGUGGUAUUUAACUGA